AAUGUUGGGAACAAUUUCAAUGAGAUUCUUCGCUACGAAAGUAGUUGCUCCACGUGCUUCUGUCGCAGCUUCAACUCCACAAGUCCCUCUUGGAAUGAAUAUCAAUCCAUACGCAAUGUUCAUCAAAGAAAACUUCAAAGCUAACACUUCCGAUAUGAAGAGAACUGAUUUGAUGAAAGAGUUGUCUGGAAAGUGGAAGGCAUUGAGUAUCUCUGAAAAAGAUAAGUACACAGAACUCUCGAAAAAUUACAAUGCUCAAAAGCUGGAUGACUUCAUGAAACUAUCUACUGAGGAACAGAAAAAAUUGGUGGAUUCUGCAAAAGAAAAGAAAGCGGAAAGAGCAAGUAGACGCCACGCAAAGGAACGCCGUGAAAAAAGGAAGCAAUCUGGACGUCCAAGUGUUCCUCCAAGUGCUUAUGCACUAUUUAUCAAAGAGAAGUUGUCUGGAGCUGGAAUGGAAUCCAAGGAGAAAAUGAAAGAAGCUGUUGCUCAAUGGAAGGCAUUCACUGAUUCCCAGAAAAAGAAGUACACAGACGAAGCGAAGAAGCUGAAAGAUGAAUACCAUGUCGUCCUCCAGAAAUGGGAAGCCGAACAGAAAGAAAAUGCAGAUCAAUAGUUGAAUUCGUCACAACUUUCCAUUUUGUAAUCAAAUAUAUCACUUUUCGAUUCAUGACACUUUUCUCAACUACCUCUUCUCAAAUGUUUCGGUUUUAUGUAAAAUUUAUCGUAUCCCUCGAAUUUGUGCCUUCUUCAUUAUUUAAACUCACUUAUGGCCACUUUGAAAUGUUUCAAUAAAUUCUCAUUACAU